AUGCUCCCGGAGAUCGCCGCCGCCGUGGGCUUCCUCUCCAGCCUUCUGAGGACUCGGGGCUGCGUGAACGAGCAGCGACUGCAGGUGUUCCGCGGGGCUCUCCAGGCGGCGCUGACGGAGCACUACAAACACCAUUGGUUUCCUGAAAAACCAUCCAAGGGCUCUGGCUACCGCUGCAUCCGCAUCAACCACAAGAUGGACCCCAUCAUCAGUAAAGUGGCUAGCCAGAUUGGACUCAGCCAGCCUCAGCUGCACCGGUUGCUGCCCAGUGAGCUGACCUUGUGGGUGGACCCCUACGAGGUGUCCUACCGUAUUGGGGAGGAUGGCUCCAUCUGCGUCCUGUACCAGGAGGCUCCAGUGGCCACAUCCUAUGGGCUUCUCACCUGCAAGAACCAAAUGAUACUGGGCAGGAGCAGUCCUUCAAAGAACUACAUCAUGGCAGUCUCCAGUUAG